CUCCUCCAGACGCCCAGGAGAUAAAUGUUCCUUUCUCCUGCACGUCCACCCGUUGCCUGGUUGCCUUUUUUCUUCUGUUCUGUUCAUUCGUUCUGUCGCUCACCCACAGCUCAACCAUCAUGACAGCUCCGACGAAAGAUCCCGCGUGGCUUUGGAGCGUGGUCAACGUAUUUGUCACCAUGCUGUUUCUCGUGGCGGCUUGGACCAGUUUGGCACUGAGGCACACCCGCCCUAAGCUAUUUUUUCUGAAUGCCUCUUGCCAAACAGUUCUUGCCAUCACGUUGGUCAUUGUCAUCGCUGAGAGACCACCGGAGCUUGUUAAUAUCAAUUACAUUGUUGCCCGUGUGGCCCUUUUUUCCCUCAGUUUUCUGGAAGCGGGGGAGGUAUACAGUCUCAUUGAAUCUUCGACAUUACUAGAUCUGACAGUAGUCCGAGGUGUGACACUAUUGUCAAGCAUCAUCGCUGUCAGUCUAUUUGUAUCGUCAUUGGUCUUGGGACAAAAUACAUUCACCAGCUCGCUUCUGUUCACCCUCACCAUCUCGCUCUGUUGUCUUUAUCGGAUUGUUUGGGUAGGGAAACUAUUGCGACUUACAGGGCAUACUAACUCCCCCUUGUCCUACAAUUUGGGUCGAUCAAUUGUGUCUAUUAUCAUCAAUUUUGCCGCCUUUGGGCUUGAACAGAGAUUCAGUCAACAAGAGACAUUGUGGCUUACAAUUCAACUCUUGGUAAACAAUACCCUCUUAGCAUUGCGUGGAAUUCAGCAACUCUAUAUCGACCACGUGGGCAACAUAUCGUCUGUGAGGCGAUCCUCGAGCCGCGAACAGAUCGUCUCCAAGGAGCACACAGGAGCUAACUCAACGGCGACAUUCGCUACAAUGAAUGAGAGGACCGAUGACCAAGAUCAAGCCCCCGCCCCGUCGAUAUAAGCUCUCGACGAUAUCGAAAGGAGGCUUUGACGUGAGCUCCCACUUUUCGGAAGCCGAGUUUCGUUAACAGGGUGUCGAGGGAAAUUGUUGGUGCAUAUGUUGAUCUCCUUCGCGUGUGGGUGCUUAAUUAAACCCACAAUCUGGAGGCCGUGUAUUAUUACUUGAUAUUAUCUAUCCCUAUGUUGAGGGUUUUAUUCGAAGAGUCUGGUAGAAUUCUGGCUUAUGGACAGGGAAGCUUUGGUACAUAUUCUAUGGCAUUGUGAAGUCCAUUGAUGGGACAUCUGUGCGUCUCUAGAUCUCCUACUUUGGUUGACAGAGUUUCUCUUUAUCAGAAUGCACGCUCAGGGAUAGAAUUUGUCACCAUGACCAUUUUCAGUGACAGAUUGGACAAGAACUCCCUUCAAGCCUCCCGCUAACCACUCUCAAACAUCUCUUCCUCUCAGCAUCUUGCUUUGUUUGUGGAU